GAUCUGCAUGAUUCUACCUCAGUUGUGUCAACACUGUUGGAAUACUCCAACGUCAGCUUCUGAUUAGCAUAUCAAGAACGUCAGCGGUGCCUUCUCCUGGACAGUACUCCCAGACUAAAACAUUAAUACCAUAACUGUAUUGUCUCAGCAGUGUGUCAGAGUGGUCAACCGUAACCCCAGACUAAGAUGAUCACAACGCUACUGUCUCAGCAUUAUGUCAGGACUAACAGUAAUUAUUAUUUGUUCCGUCAGUUAUAUGUACACAAUUGUAUGUAAAGCAGAAUAAUUGUCACCUGUUGAGACAAAUAUUUUAGAGUUUCAUAUGUUAUGAGGAUAUAUGGUGGUGGUGGGUGUUAGAUCUGUGAUGCAAGAUGUAUUCUACAAGUGAUAAAAUUGUCUCUGUUGCUGGACUUGGUCGUACAUUCCGGCUUGGGAUGUUAUAUGACUGUACAAAAGAUGAAAUAAUCCCUGGAAAAACUCUCUGGGACAGAUCAACACUAAAAGAAAUAGAUGUUCUUUCAAAUGAAUCCUCUGAUUUCAGACUAAUUAUUAGCGACUCUAUGGAAGAGAAAGUCUCAGCUCUUGAUGUGAAUAGUAGUCUGAAGCUGAGUUUGGUCUCGGGUAUGGUAGAAGUGUCUAGGUCUGGGAAAUACCUAGAAAAUAAAAAAUAUUCUGACAAGCAAGAGAGAAUCACCGUGCAUUACAAGUGUACAACCAGGUCGGAGUAUAUGACGAUGGAUCAACUUGGUCCAGGAAAAGUGCAGUACCCUGAUAUAAUUGAUGAAGAAACUGCAACACAUGUAGUCACUGAAAUACUUUAUGGAGCACAUGCAUUCUUUGUUUUUGAGAGGGAUUGUUGCUCCUCUUCACAUGAUAAAGAGACUCUUGGAGCUAUGCAAGUUAUGCUGAACAAAAUACCAAAUAUGUCUGUUGUCAUUAACGACCAAUUGAAUCUAUCCAACAAUGAAAAGAAAAUAGUAGAGAAUUAUAAAUGUACAUUUAUUGGAGAUUUUCUUCUUCCACAAAAUCCUUGUUCCUAUGAAGAUGUUGUUCGGGUUUACAAACACUUACCGACAUUCUUAGGAGAUAACAGACAAAAUGCUGUACCAAUCAAAGUUACACUGUAUCCUCUAACACGUUUGGGUAGCAAAGGCAGCAGAUUAGUUCGUAAUAUUAGUACAAACUUGACCAGUGAGAUAGAAAAAGUCUUUGAAAAUUUCCAAGAGUUGAAUGUAAGGUGUAAUGAUAUAUUUAAUUCUUAUGUUGCUGAGAAAAUGAAAACUCUCCAAAGUGAAAUAUCUAAAUUUAAAACCCUUAUUAAUAUUUACAAGUGUGAACUUCAGAGUAAACUGUCAGUGUUGCUGCCUCGUAUCAAAGGAGGUCGGGAAGAGGAAUACCUUCUGGAGGAUCUUCUAAGGAAGAAAGAAGCAUCUCCAUUCAGUUACAAGAAGCUUAACAGUUGGCUUCAAGAUAAAGAAGAUCACGUUAAAACUCUCAAUAAAUAUAUAGACACACUGUCAGAGAUCAAAUUUGCCUCAGACCAUGGCGAAUUAAAGUCAUUUAUCAUGAAUCCUGAGAAUAAUUGUAACUACAUUCUAUGCUUGAGAAUUAUUCUGCCAAAAAACAACUCUUAUCUUUCAAAAAUGGAGAAGUAUAAUAGAAAUGAAUAUUAUACUACAAAUGACUAUGUAGCAAUUGAAAGGAACCUUGAAGACAACACCUUGUCCAGUAAAGACGAGGAUAAUCAAAUAUCCAUGAUGGAAGGAGCCAUAAUAUUUAGAGAUUUCUUUAACUUUAAUAAAAAAGUUAACGAGACUGCUUUUGUAGUGUCAAUGGGCUUUUCUGAUACAUUAAACUGUCAAGCUAAUAUAGAGUGUUACAGGCUUGGCCGUCUCUUAUACAAGAAUUAUAUACUUCCCUCAGCACCUGGCAUGCCUCAAGCUGACCUUCAACAAAGUACUCAUAAUAGGAUUACCAUUACCUGGACACCACCAAAAUUUGGAGCAUCAACUGUUCAAGAAUACGAAAUAAUUCUUCAGAAAAUGAGUACAGGCGAUAACCCUGUGAGCUUUAAAACGAGUUCAGACAUUCUCAGCUUCACUGUCACAGAGCUUGAUGUCAACAGUUGUUACAAGGUGAAUGUACGAAGUUUGUGUGAGGCUGGAGUGGGACCUACCAGUGAGACCAACACUGUCUCCACUAGACCAACCAGUCCUCCAGGAAUGCCUCAGGUGUGGCAAAUUUCAUCAACAACUAUAAAAAUUGAAUGGUCAAAACCAUUGUUUAUGGGUUCGGAUUGUAGCAUACAACAUUAUAUACUGAAGCAGCAGAAAGAAGAGACGGAUAUUUGGACUACAAUAGCAACCGUAAAGGCAGAUCAACUCACGUACGUAACAAACAUUACAUCAAAUUUCGAAUCUAAGUUCAAGGUAGCUGCAGACUGUGGUGCAGCAGGAUUCAGUGAGGACAGUAAUUGUAGUUCUUUAAAAACUCAUGAUGCCAUACAGUUUGACUCCAGUAAAAUGUUGAAAGAAAAUUUUUGUUCAACAUCAAAUCUUAAGCUUGAAGGAACUCCUUCUAUCUACACCCUUAAAUCAAGGUUAGUUUUCUGUAAUGAUAAUGAUGAUAUAAGGAAGUAUGAUGUAGGAACACCAAAGGAAAAUUCUCGGGAAAAAGUAAUAUUACUAAUAGGGGCAAGAGACUCGGGUAAGACAACUGUGAUCAAUGGUCUCGUCAACUACAUCUUUGGUGUUAAAUGGAACGAUAAUUUUCGCUUCCAAUUAAUACCUGAAGACAUUCACAACAGCCAGACCCAGGAUCGGACUCAACAUAUUACUUGUUACACCAUUCAUCACCAAGAAGGUUUCAACUACCCACACACACUGACUAUCAUUGAUAUUGCAUUAUGGGAUGAAGACUCAUAUGUCAGAAUGUGGAAUGUGUUUUGGCAGCAUGCAAAAGAACAUAUAACUAAAACAACAAAGAUUGUUCAGCAUGUUGAUGCUGCAGUCUUUGUAGUUAACUCAUCGCUGACUCAGCUUCCUCUGUCACAUAUAUAUUUUUCGAGCAGAAUUCUCUCCAUGUGUGAAAAGGAUAUUCAUAAAGUUUUUCUAUUGCUCACUUCUGUUAAUGGACAACAACCACAAGUUCUCAGUGCAGUAGAAAAAGCUAAAUUCCCACACAAAAUUCUCUUUAAGUUCAACAACUCUGCUUUAUAUACUAAAAACAAUGAAGAUGUUAGAAGCACUGCUGAAGAAGAACAAGAAAACCUUAGUUAUGGUAAAAUGUUUUGGCAUAUGGCAGAAAAGAAUUAUAAGGCAUUUUUGAAGCAGGUUCAUGAUUCUGAGAGCAGAAGUCCACUUGGGGAUUAUUUACUAAACUACAUUGAACAGAUUUUGUCAAUCGUAUAUUGAUCUAGAGAAUCUUGAUAUGAAGCAUUUAUGAUAAAGAAAAUUUACAAAUAGAAGUAUUUGAUUCAGAAGAUUAUGAUGUAAAAGUUUUAAGAUACAUAGAAUUAUUAUGCACUUUUUACAUGCAUAUGCUUUUGUAAUUUUGUCAUGGAUCUAAUUUUUCAGAAUUUUGUAACUCUUGUAUUACGUAUGUACAUUGUUUUCUUGUGUAUUAUGCACGUGAUUUAUUGAGUAUUUUAUAGUAACAAUAUUAUUGGUUUUAUCAUAUAAUAGCGGAGAUAAUGGUAUUGUACUGUGUGUAAAUUCAGAUACUUCAUACUUACUACAUUAUAACAAUAAUAAUAACAAAUUAUUAUUGUUAUUAUUAUUAUUAUAUGCCAUUCAUCUGAAGCAAUAUUAAAUCAAUUUAAACUGACCAUAGCAGAAUUUAGUUAAAUAUAAUUACGCUAUUUUUAGUAAGGCUUGGUGAGGUUUUUAAGUUAGUUCUCAUCCAAAAACGAAAUAUUUUAUAUCACUGUCAUUUCAUUCAUUCAUUAGAGGUUUGCCGGUACUUCCGGCCCGGGUCUUCUCCAUAUGGUGACCCGGCUGUGGCCCCCGGUUGGGGGUGUCGUCAUCUUCUUCUUUCUUCUGUCUUCUUUCUUGGGCCCUCCGGCUGGAGGGAAGAUAUAUCACUGUCAAUGAAAGAAAUGUAUCUAUCAAGCUUUUAGAAUUUUGGGGGAAAACCCCAUUUUUUUUCAAGGAGUUCGGCAAGUUAGGUUUAUCAGGCAAACUUCUCUGGCCUCUCCUUUCUAUUUCUCUGAAAGUAAUGAAAGAACAUGAAAGUGUUUAAGUAUUCUUUUCUAUU